GAGAGAUGACAACAAACAUGGCGGAGAGGAGCCAGACGGCAGAGACGGGCAGUGACAUAGGAUGUGGUGAUACUAUAGCAGGGAAUGUGAGCAAGUACACUGUUCUCCCAGCUGGUUACUGUGGACAGCCUAAAAAAGGACAUCUUACAUUUGACGCCUGUUUUGAAAGUGGUAACCUUGGACGCGUGGACCAUGUCACAGAGUUUGAGUAUGACCUGUUCAUUAGACCAGAUACCUGUAACCCACGCUUUCGAGUUUGGUUCAACUUCACUGUUGAAAAUGUAAAAGAGUCCCAGUUUAGACCUUAAAAUGAUGACGGGCUUUUUCCUGUGUCCUUUGAGAAGCGAUGUCACAGAAAGGAGCAAGACUUCUGAUAACUUUUCUCUGGUGGCUAAAAUUAUGCUUACACCUGUUCAGGGAUUUAUACUUGGGAAAGGUUUAAAGACUCCUCCAUGAUGAGUUACUCGCUUUUUCUACUAGAAGAAAUGACUCAGAAUUCGCCUGUGGGUGGCUAUUGCAACAGUGGAGCAGGAAGACUGAGAAAUUAAUAAAGUAAAUAAGAACAACAGUAAAUAUAGACCAAAACAUCCUCAUUUACUGUAGGAAAUAAGAGAGGAACAGUAUUAAGGCACACAGAUGAAACAAACCAGCACUUAUCCACGGUGAAAUCUAUAAAAUGUCUUCGAUUGCUCAAGGGAUCUUUAGAUAUAGCAUUAUUUUCUCUAUCUUAUGGAUGACUUGACCACCUCCGCUAUGAAUUUUUCAUGAUUUUCCUGACCCAGCAGCUCUUGCCUGUGGAGAGAGUAAUACCGUAUUGAUUUGGGUGUUAGGUUUCUGCCUUUUUUGCCACAACAGGAUUUUUGUAGCCUAGAAACCUCAAUCCCUGAUUACUCAUUAGAGACUUGAACAACUUUUCUUAGAUCUGGAAUGUAAAAGAAGAAUCACUUGGUUACUUUUGUCAUACGUAGCCUUUGUAGUGGAAUUUCAGCUCAUCUCAAUAAUGAGCGUCAUAGUUAUUAAACUUUCCUAAUUGAAUGGGCACUGCGAGGCCUUCAGAUGGUAAAGAUACAGUUGUCUGUUUAACAAUUAGUGUGUUUGCCGCAGAGUUGUGUUGGUGAAUGUGCUUAUUUAGGAGCAAACCACAGAACAGCAGAAUAACUAGGGGCCUGUCCUCCUGCUUUCAUCCUGGCAUUGAUGUCUUAGUGACUUAUUUGCUGUGCCUCUCAGGCAUAUUAGAAAAUUGAAAAGAGGCCAUGAUGUUGCUAUUUCUCAUUUAAACUGCUUUUUUUUUUUUUAAAUAAAAAAUCCGUAUCUUACAUCCUCUGAAAACUUAUUCUCAGCAUUGCCAUGGAAACAAGAUUUUUUAAAAGGGACUUAACUGAAAUUUAGAAGCAGUUUUUAUUUCUUUGUGAUUCAUACUUCAUAAAAAUGCAAAUGUCACACUAAUACAUGUUUUACCUUAAUAUUUUAUACUACCAUUUAGUCUUAAUUGGUCUAAUGUUUUUCUUAAUUAAAUUUUGAGCUUCUUUGAAUGACUUUAAAAUUGUACCGCGGACCUAUCAAGCUUUAAAUUUUGACUGUGUGACACACAAUUUAAGAUACUGUCAUAGAGGAAAAUCAAUCAUUUCAACUUGUAAUCACAAGCACAACAAAAGAUUUAAAAGAUUUAAAAAGCUUUUUGUCCUGACUGGAAAUUUCUUGGCCUUUAUAAUCUUCAUUUACAGUGAAGUAUCACAGCAAA